CGUAACAACGAGUGUCAGUGAAGUGUUUGCAUUCAGUUGAAUGACCAUUACGCUAGAAAGAGCGGGAACAAAGCAGAUUUCGUACGUCAUUACAGUGCGAAAAAUUGGCUGUCAACAGAUGUGACAGCGCACAGGAAGAGAUUUUCUUUAUUUUCAUCUGCCUCCGGUCACAGCAUACCGUUCUUCGAGUAAAAGUUCACGGAUUAUUGCGAAUACAAAUCGCGUGCUAUGGCGUACUCUCCAACUGGAGAGAUUUUUAACGCUAGUGAUCAGCGCAGAUUUGAGAAUAUGAUGAAGUUGCUGCUGUUUCUUGAAGCAGAGCUCCAACUCAAAGAGGAGAUUAUCGAUCUGUUGCUGGUUUGUAUUGUACAGUUUUGAUAUUAUUUUUAUCUUGUUUAUCUUAAAGUAGUUAAAGUAUACACAGUAUUACCGAUCGCGCGCUUCGAGCGAGCCACAGAAGAAACCUUGAUACUCCAUGUUGUACAUUGAAGAGUUCAAGAUUCCUUCAAUCAUGAACGUGUUAUUUCAGACGGAUAUCACUCUUUGGCGCUCCUUUUUCCCUAUUAUCUUGCCAUUAAAUAGUUUUCCGCUUCGUUCAUCGCCGUUCGAGUUUCGAGAUUUUUUUCACCACUCCGGUCACGUAAGUACAACAGACCUUACUGUUCCAUGAUCGUUCGAAAACAUACAAUCGAACACGCCGUGUAUAACUUUGCGAAACAAAACCACCAGUUUACAUUCAUAAUUUAUUAACCUCGUCUCAGUAUUCUCAGUGAAGGGCAUCAAUAUUUCGAUCUUUCUUAGAUGUUGUAUACACCGAAUAGUCAACUAAGUUAACUGAGACUUGCCGAUGGUGGCUUGACUCGAUAUAUACCGGUACUUAAACGCGAGACUUUGACGCAUGCAUUGCGUAAGUUAUUUUCUUACGACUCACGGGUAGAUUUCAAUUAAGAACAAACAUGAAUCUUGGGUGCUCAAUAAACCUCAGGUGUAUGUUCUUCCAGGCUAUGAAGACCUUAUUUGCGGCAAGAUAACGAGAUUUCAUCAUAAACCACGCGAUAUUAAAAGCCCAUCAAAUCGAUGCUCUCACCCUCGCACGAAACGUGGAAAAUUUUAUGCAUAGAUUUUGUUUCUAUUAUUUGAGUAGUAUUGCAGUAGGUGAUUGCUUCCUAUCGCCAAUUUAGGAGAACCUUUGUCUUCCUCGGACUUUAAAUUUCGGAGAUUGCAAGGUUUUUCUACAAAUCCACCACCGUCGCAUUGACCUCGCCGGUAGAUCUCGCUUUGUUGGUACAGGCGAUAAAUAAGAUUACUUUAAUAUACGGUUUAGUAUUACCCCGAUUUGUCGAAGUUGUUCUCGACAAAAUGUCAUAACAGUUUUGUCAUCUUGUCAUCUGUAUCUAGACAGCACUUUAAAAGCUCUUGCACAGCGAAUUAAAAAAACAUGACCAAAUUUAUAGUUUACAAAAGGAGUUUUUCCAAACUUUGGACAAACAUUGUAUUUUACCUCAAGAGUUUUGAAACAAUGCCGAAAUAUACCGCCCGGCUUUUCACAGUGUUCUUAAGGAAUGAACUUGUCCUUUUCGGAACUUAACAGCGGGGGAUAAAUAUAAAAUAAAAUCUACAUAUAUACAUGUCGGCAUGUUUUUUUUUUUCAAACAGAUUCGAAUAUGAAACGAAUAUAUUGAAAAGACCAUGUGCUUUUGGGACGCCGUUAUUGUGCCCAAAAUAUACACAAACCAUCUGGAAUAAGCUAUUGUUUUAAAAUUAUCUAAUGUCAAUUUUUAACGGUUAAGCACAGGUCAUUUUUGAGACAUCUGAUGAAUUUUUUUAAUUUUUUCUUUUCUACGAUUAAGCGGCUUUGAAUAAAUCUUAUUUCGUCUAAAGAUACGUCUGCUGGGGUUACAUUCCCAUAUUUUAAAUGCUUUCCAGACUGUCCGGUGACAGCAGAGGUUAUCCUUUUAAGACCUUUAUAUAAUUUUGUUUUCUUAGCUUUGAACUAAAGGUCUUGUGGUAUAAUUUUCCUUCGAUCUAUUUUACACUGAUUUACUGAUCUCACAGCUGUAUUCAAUAUUGACACCACGCGAUCUUUAUAAUCUACCCCAUUGCACUCUGAUAACGGGCAUUGUAGUGAACCUCCGUAUAAACGUGUUGCAGAUCGAAGUUCAGGUUAUCGGGAUGAGGGUACCGAUUAUUGUAAAAAAACGUUUUUCCUUUUUUUGGCUCCAUUUCAUCGAAGCACAAUCUGUUAAAAAAAAACCUAGCUAAUACAUUUCCGGGUAUGAUAGUUACGUUGUGUGGAACGGAUUUGUCGUAUGUUUAGUGUCACCUUUGUCUUGAGGUCAUGUAAUUUUUGUGCCAUCUAUCAAAAGUGGUUGGGAUACUCUGAAAACUAGAGCCUAUACCGAUCGCUUCCUACCUAGCCUCCCACGCAGACGUUCUUAGGGGUUGGGGGCAGGAACGCGUAACGAACUUCUAAGAACGUCUGCGUGGGAGGCCACUUCCUACCUAUCAUCCGUGUACUUUCGGAUUCAUCUUUCGCGCCAAAAAACCACUUGAGCCAAUCAGAGUAGAGUAGGAUUUUGAAUAGCCACAGCCGUAUUUUGCGUUGGCCGUGCUAUUCUGAGUAUUUUUUUGCCUGAUCUAUUUUGAUUUAUUGUGUUUUUGGUAAACGUUUUUUCAGUUGGCAAAUAAAAUGGUUGGUUGUUGUUGUUGUUGCUAGUUUUCGUGAAACAUAAAUUCUGGAGCGAGGAAAAGGGAGAGCGAUAAGGUAUCGGGGAGAAACGCUAAAAUAUACGUUUCGUUUCACCACUUAACUUCUUUCGGCGGUUCGCGCUUGUUCGUGCAGCGGUGACUUUUAAGAGAAAGAAACCUACCGUUUGCUGUUUAGACUGCGAGAAAUGGUGAAUGAGAUAAGCGAAGUUUCAAACAGAAAGCCUCGGCUGGUUGAGGAACCUUGAAGCCCUUGAAAGUGAUUACAAAGGAGCCUAGAAGUUCUACUGUCAUUUUGAAUUGCGCGGACGUUUGUGGAGACAUUAAAUAUAUAAUUAGACUGCACCUAACGCACCUUGAUUCGACCUUUCGGCUCCUGCUAGUUACAAAAACAAAGUCAUAACAUUAAUAUUGACGGCGGAGGGUUCGGGUACCUGCAAAUGGAGGGCAGAUAACUUUUUUUUAAAGUGUCCUCAACGAUUUCCGAGUAUUCAUUCAGACACCUGGAUGUAGCCUGAAUUUAUGUUCCCCCCAGUUCCUCUCCUCCCCUCCCUCCCCCUCCCCCCCCCCCUUAAUCCUUGCGGCUUCCUUAGGGGUGUUUGCUUUACAGUAAGCUGGAUAGAAGGUGACUAACAAAAUCCUAGCGAGGCUGGAACCGCCAAAAUUCAGAUCACAAGUACUACAAGUUAACCACCUUGAUUAGCAGGAGACUGUUUAGCCUGUAUACAGACGUUGUAUUAGUUUUCUUUUCGUUCUUUUCCAGCGCGGAGCGCGAGAAAGAAAAAUAAGUUUCUUCUUCCCCCACCCCUUCCCCCUUGCGCUGGCAGUCAAUAAAUCUCCCGCGGUUCAUAUUUUAUCACGCGCGCUCGACGGACUUUGAAGAGAAAAUAGAGGGUCUGUGAACAGGUUAGAGUCUGUUUGGAGCUUUAGUAUCCUCCUUUACUUUUCAUCUGAGUAGAUGUCAACAUAUUUUGCUUGCUUUCACAGGAAGACGAAACGACGCGGGAUAUCCUCAAUGAAAAACUUAGCCAGCUAAAUAGAAGAGAGCACCACGAUCCCCUUCUAGCUCUGGGGCGAGAUAACAUUUACGAAGAGGAUCUGUGGGAGGAACAUUUUGAGGAGUGGGAGUCUGGUAAACACUCCUCGUUUGAUCACGUGGUCAAGAGUAAUGCAGGCCAGCUUUGCGCCGUCGCCGCAAUGCGGACAAUAAAAAUGGCAGAGGCGCACCAUGAAAAGUACUUACAGACUUACAAGUCACUACAGAAAACUGGCAAGAACUAUAAGAAGGUAUGUUGAAAGUCGAGGCUGUCAAAGACUCUGCAUAAAAACGCUAUAAACCAGUCGUCCAAAAAUUUGAACGGAAAAGGAUAUUUUUGACGGAAGAAGAAUGCUUCCUUUCCUUAUUUGUCAGUACUUGGUGAAUAAUAGCAAUGCCAGCACGCAAGGCCCGGAACUUUACGUCAGUCGAUUCUUGCCUUGGCAGGACGGUGGAGAGAGCGGACGACCCGACUGUGAACUACAUCACCCUUUGCUUCAUUCGCUGACAAGUAGCAGGCUCAACCACGAAAAUCUUCGUGGACUGCUAGUACAGUCGAACCUUCACUAACGGCCACCUCUCUACAACGGCUCCUUUCUUCUAUCCCCAAGGUGACCGUUGUGGAGAGGUUCAACCGUAGUCUAAUAAGAAUCAGCUCCCAUUCUGAAAAGGUGCCUCUCAGGGUGAUAGGGUGGUAGGGCGUGGUCUCAAAUGGGUGUCUCCUUAUGGUGUAAAGGAUGGCUGAAUUUAUCUCUUACUUUCCUGGACAAAAUGUAAAUAAUUUUAAUAAACCCCAGCGAUAGCUUAAGAAAAGGAUUUCAUUAAUGAUCACUUGAUGAUUAUUGUGUUUUAUUUGAGGUUAAAACUACUCGACUGCGUUUCGUGUGGUGAUCUAGAUAAAUAACCUUCCCUUAAUUGAAAUGUGUAUUUGCCACCUUGUCAAGAAGUGUACAAUCGUUUCAAGUUCAGUUCAUUCUUUGCGGAACUAAGUUCGAAGGUGAUUGCGUUGUUACGCAUAGGAUCUGGAUUGACUACUGUAAUUCUUGCAAAUUUGUGAAGAGAGGACCUAUGUGGAUUUGGUUUUAUUAUCGCUAGAUUAAUUCAGUGAUAGUCCAUCGAAUUGAGAGUUAUUUAAUUAAGGUUUUCGAGAGAUUAUAAGGGUUGACUGUUUUAGUGGAGCGAGAAAUUUUUUAGGAGGAGGAUUGUAUGGCUAGACACUGACUGAAAUAACGGCUGCACAGGAGACUAGACUUUGUGUCAUGGGGUGUGUUAUAUCAGUGCUAUCGUGAUGUAGUUCUACAAUACUCAGUGAAUUGGGAAACGUUUGUUCCACUAGGUUUCUAUAUAGUGAGAUAUUGUUUUCGCCACAGUAUUUUAAAGGAGCUGAAUUAAGAGCCUUUUUUUUCUCUUUGCAGUUAAAGCAGCAACUGAUGGCCAAAGAAACCAAAGUUGUAAAGCAGGAACCGGUCCGACAGCCUGGAUCUGAUUCUGCCUGGGAAAUGCGGGAACUUGAAAUGAAGAUCGGCGAACUACAUCUGCAAAUCGACAGCGAACGAAAGCAAAACGAAGAUCUACAACGUAAAGUCGAAGAACUUACGACAACAAUAGGAAAAGAGCGAAAAAAGUACAAAAAAAUAAUUGAAACUUUGGCCAACGAGGUUGAAAGGCUUACAAAUCUAGUGAAGGCACAAGGAAGGAAUGGAUAUCAUUUGAAUGGACAUAAAAUUAACCACGAAAGACAAGACAGUAUUAAAAUGGGAACGAACAACCAUCAUAUGGAUACUUUUCCUUUAUCGAAGGAAAAUGAGAUUAAACAAUUCUACAUAUUGUAAAAUAUACAAAGAAGUGAUACUCCUAGAAUCUUGACCUCGGCUUUCCACUGGCGUUUUGUAAAAAGAUAAUAUUUUUGGUGUAUUUGCCCUUGUAUCAUUUGGUGUUUACAUCUUUUAUAAAUCGGAUACCUGCGCAAAAAGGCAAAGGCUAUUGGAACCAUAUUUUUACUGGUUUUUGCUGCCCAUCAUCAGAAACAUGUUUGUGCGCAGUGUAUUUUACGGAAUUAAACGUACGCAGAUUUUAAUAUACCUUCAAAAGACGACUAAUCUGAAACAAGUACACGAGAAGUAUGCGGAGAGUGUUACAACUUCGAUUCUAAAGUUAGGUUUAUUUAAUUUUUACUAAGAACUUCUAGUGCAGUUGCGUGUU